AUGGCUUCGCCUUUCCCAGUAGCCUUGCCCGUGUCCAGCACACGGGCUCACAACGACUCGUCUUCAGUCCUUAUGAAAGUCACUACAGAAACAGCUCGCAGAAACGAAAAGAUCUUGCCCAAGGACGGCGAGCCCAACGUCCUGGUCACCUCAGCACUUCCCUACGUCAACAACGUCCCACAUCUCGGCAACAUCAUCGGCUCCACAUUGAGUGCCGACGUCUACGCACGAUACUCCCGAACAAGGAAUCGCAACACCCUCUACAUCUGCGGUACUGAUGAAUACGGUACUGCCACCGAGACCAAGGCGUUGGAGGAUGGUGUCACACCACAGGAGCUUUGCGACAAGUACCACGCCCUCCACGCUGAGGUUUACGAAUGGUUCCAAAUCGGCUUCGACCACUUCGGCCGCACCACCACCCCGAAGCAGACCGAGAUCGCACAGGACAUCUUCCUCAAGCUUCACAAGAACGGCUAUCUGGAGGAGCGCACCAUGACCCAGCUCUUCUGUGAGAAGUGCGUUCGCUUCCUUGCCGACCGAUACGUGGAAGGCAUCUGCCCUCGCUGCGGUUACGAUGAUGCCCGAGGUGACCAGUGCGACAAAUGUGGUCAGCUUUACGAUGCUGUCGAGCUUGUCAAGCCGCGAUGCAAGCUCUGCUCGUCACCACCUAUCCAGAAGGACUCUUCCCAUAUGUUCAUUCGUAUCGACGAGUUGCAGCCAUUGACCGAGAAGUGGGCCAAGGAGCAGGCAGAGAAGGGAGGAUGGAGCUCCAACGGCAAGCUCAUUACCGAGAGUUGGUUCAAGGAGGGACUCAGACCUUUUAGUUUGACCCGUGAUCUCAAGUGGGGUGUGCCCGUCCCUAUCAAAGGUAUGGAGGACAAGGUGUUGUACGUUUGGUUCGAUGCUCCCAUUGGAUACCCAAGUAUCACUGCCAACUACACCGACGAAUGGGAGAAGUGGUGGAAGAACCCGGACAACGUCAAGCUCUACCAGUUCAUGGGUAAGGACAAUGUUCGAUUCCACACCGUCAUCUUCCCCUCUUGCUUGAUCGGCAGUAAGGACCCCUACACUCUGCUUCAUCACGUCAACACCACCGAGUACCUUCAGUACGAGGGCGGCAAGUUCUCCAAGUCGAGAAACAUUGGUGUUUUCGGUGACAAGGCACGCGAUCUUGGACUUUCUGCUUCCGUCUGGCGAUACUACCUCCUGGCCAAUCGACCCGAGACCGCUGACAGCCAGUUCGCAUGGCGCGAUUUCAUCGCACGCAACAACUCGGAGCUUCUCGCCAACCUGGGUAACUUUUGUAACCGUGUCCUCACUUUCAUGAAGAAGUACGACCAUAUCAUUCCCGCCAUCCCUGCCGACUCGGAGCUGCGGAGCUACAAGGACGGUCCCGUCGUCGCAGCUACGGAGGGAGCCGACGACGCUUCGGUUCUCUCUCGCUUUGCCCGCGAUGUCAACUCCAUCCUUGCUCAGUACGUCUCAUCUAUGGAAGCAGUCAAGAUCCGAGCUGGUCUUCAGCACAUGAUGGCCAUCUCUGCUCGCGGUAACCUCUUCCUCGUCGAGUCGCAUUUUGACAACACCUUGUUCAACGAGAACCGCGCUCGCUGCGACGAGGUCAUGAUUGUCUCUCUCAAUCUCAUUUGGUUGCUUUCGGCUCUCAUCCACCCCUUCAUGCCCGAGACCUCGGACUCGAUUCUCAAACAGCUCGAUGCACCUCCCCGUGCCAUCCCCGAAGACGACAAGUUCUCCCUCGACUUGCUUCCGGGUCACAAGGUCGGAAAAGCAGCUCACUUGUUCAAGCAGAUCGAUCCCAAGCAAGAAGAGGUCUGGCGUAUCCAAUUCGGCGGUGCUGCCGAUGCAAAGAAGGAGGGUGAAAAGCCACAGAUGAGCAAGAAGCAAGCGAUGAAGGCGGCAAAAGCAGCCAAGAAGCAAGUUGAAGCUGCUAAACCGCAGGUCAAGAACAAGACUCCCGAACUCAUCCAUCUUGAAACUAAGGUCGCAACCGAGGGUGAAUCAUUGAAGAAGUUGAAGGAGAGCGUCAAGACCGCUUCCGAAGCCGAGGACAAGGCUAAGUUGGAAAAGGAGGUCGAGUCGCAGUUGUCGAGUUACUUGGCAUUGAAGAAGGAGAUGGAGGAAUUGACUGCUAACUUGGCUAAGCUUGAGAUGGAAGCUGAGGGUGAUGCUGCUCCUGCUGCAAGUCAGUGA